AUGAUGGGACUUAGCCUUGACAUCAAAUCCGCCCAUAAACGGAUUGUUCUUCGCGAGUCGGAAUGGGGAUUGGUAGGUUUCUCUUUGGACGGCAAACUGUUCUUUUACCGAGUUUGCCUUUUCGGAGCCAUCUUCUCAGCAGCUUGGUGGUCACGCUUGGGAGGCUGGAUCCUCCGCUGCAUGCAUCACAUGCUUUGGCUGCCCCAUGCAGCCUUUUUGUAUGUAGAUGAUUUUCUCUUCUUUCAAGACCGUGAUCUCAUGCCCAUUUCUGCAGCCAUGUUAUGCAUUUUGUGUCAAAUCCUGAAAAUCCCAAUCAGUUGGCGCAAAUGUGAACUCUCAGGCACCAUUUCAUAG